AGAGACCCAGUGUUUAGUCCGAACCGGCGGAGGGGCUGCCCUCUCCCAGGUGGAUGAAUGAAGACCCCAUUCAAAAGCCCAGCUGCCCCGCGCCCCAGAGCGGAUGGAGGGCAUUCAGGCGUAUCUGCAAACAUGAUGAAGAAAAAGAAUUCACACAAGAAACAGAGGACCACAGUGGGUCCCAGUAAGACUUUGGCUCAGCCUAGAAGGAAUAUCGUUGGCUGCAGGAUUCAGCACAUCUGGAAGGAAGGCAGUAAGUCCUCCCAGUGGAAGGGGACGGUCCUAGAUCAGGUGCCUGUAAACCCCUCCCUUUACUUGAUUAAAUACGACGGCUUUGACUGCAUCUAUGGCCUGGAGCUCUACAGCGACGAAAGGGUGGUUGGGCUCGAGGUCCUGCCUGACAGAGUGGCCCCAGCCCGGGUGAGCGAUUCAUUGCUAGCAGAGACAAUGAUUGGCAAGGCAGUGGAGCACAUGUUCGAGACAGAGGAGGGUCCAAAGGAGGAGUGGCGGGGGAUGGUGCUGGCCCGAGCUCCCAUUAUGACCACCUGGUUCUACAUCACCUACGAGAAAGACCCGGUCCUCUACAUGUACCAGCUGCUGGACGACUAUAAGGAGGGAGACCUGCGGAUCAUGCCUGACUCCAAUGACAGUGUUCCUGCAGAGAGGGAGCCUGGGGAGGUGGUGGACAGUCUGGUGGGGAAGCAGGUGGAGUAUGCCAAAGAGGAUGGGGGGAAGAGGUCAGGGAUGGUCAUCCACCAGGUGGAAGCCAAGCCCUCCGUUUACUUCAUCAAGUUUGAUGAUGACUUCCACAUCUACGUCUAUGACCUGGUCAAGACCUCCUAAAACCUGCCCACCCCAACAGACCCUCUGUGUCAGAAAAACAACACCCCAUGAGACUCAGUGAGACCUGCAAAGGCCCACUGAGACAGCAGAAGACAGAAAAUUACAACCCGGUUCCAGAAACACUCAGAUCUUUAGAAAGCCCCUUUCAGAGAUCAAUUUGGUUGAGAUUUCUUCAGACAUGAUUGGAAAUGGCCUCCUGACAUCUCCCUAAGACAGCAAAAUUUCAUCUGAUUUCAAGACCCUUAAAAGAAGCAGAAACAUGUUUGCAUAUCCACUGGAGGCUGGAGACAUUUAUGAAGACAAUAGUUAGAAUGCUUCACACAAGUUUGAGACUGCCUAUCAUCAACAUCUACCAAGUUCAAAAAGCUUGUCAAUACUAUGUCGAUUUAACACAUUUUCUCUACAAGACCCGCCUAAGACUAACCCAGCAACAGAGAAAUUUAGUUUCAUUUUAAGGCAUAGCUUCUACAUCGACAUCUACAACUUGAGGCCCAUCAGGACCAACUUCCGAGAACCUCUACAAACUGUAUAGAAAAUACUGAAAUAUCAUACAUAACAUAGCAAAAUGGAUCUAUGACCCUAUAUUAUGGGUGUAAUACUCCCCAAAACCCCAAGACUCCCUCUUUAGAAACCCUCUCAAACGGUUUGAGACCAGUGUUGGCAGGGUAGGGGUCAUGGACCAGUCUGAGUCUAAUGGGGUUAAAAAGGGAUGUAAUUUAAAAAAAAAAAAGAAAGAAAAACAAAUGACUAAGAGCCUGUAAGGUGGAAGAAAAAUACAACUUGGUAAAAUCUGUUUGGUAUCUUUACUGAAAUGUCAUCUGUUCACAAGCUGGCGGACAGCUUUGGUUUAAAGCGUUGUGCAUUCACAGACUUUUGGCGUGAGGAUUUUUUUUCUUUCUGACAAGUGGAUCCAGACACUACUACCAUCAUCCCCCAGCAUUGAAAAUGGACUAUUCUACCUUCACAGGAAGUACAAGAGGAACACAAGGAAUUCAAGUGUCAUUUAUACUGUAGGCCACUGUUACAAAGAAGUUGGUGGAUUUAACAGAAGUCAUAUAGGCUGGCAUUCCCCAGUAGUGGAAUGAGACAGCAGGUAGAGAGAAAAUAUGUUUUCCCCCUCUUUUUCCUGUUGGUGUAUUUUCUGAAACUGGCUGCAUUGAAUGGCACACCCCCACCCCCGGCCUAAAUUUUCUAUUAGUCCAGAUAGCAGCAUAAUUCUUAUAUGCAUCACUUCAGCAAAAAUUGUUUUACUUUUAGAGUCGGGUUGUUUUUUAAGGCUGACAUUUGCCAAAGUGUGGGGAAACAUCUACACCAAUGCUUUACCAUCCCUCCAAAAGAGGACUUGUUAGCACUGUUGGCUUGCUGCAGUAAAGCCAGUUGGCACUGCUGGCUAGCUGCUGCAGAAGCCUCUUCAUCCUACUAACGCACUUCUGUGCUUACUUUCGAUAGGAAAAACUUGCUGUCCGUUAUUUACAGAGAAAAGUUUCUCAUGUCAAAUUGGUACAUCUCGUAACUACAGCAGCCUUGACCAGUGCUUCCCCUGUGUGUCUCUUUACCGUAAUGCUAAAAAAAGAUGUUUCAAGUGGACAGACAGUCUUAGGGCAAAUUUAGUCUUCGUCACUUUACUCGUAACACAGAAAUUCCCAGACAGAAACAAUGUUUUUUUUUUUUACUAGAUUGUUUUCUUGAGAUUUUUUUCCCCCCUUAAUUUCUGGUCCUCAGACAAUCUGUGGAUUAAGCAAGUUACAGUCAGGAGCUUCUGUCAUUCUUACCCUUGAGAUGAAGGAACCCUUUGCUAAAUCAGAAAUGCCAGAUGUAAAAGGGAGCAUCGCUCGACAGAGCAGAAAUUAAUCAUAAGUUUCUAAAUAUCAAAGUAUCCAUCAGCUGCGGCUUUUAUCACCAAUACAACAAAAUGUGGCCAAAUCCAGCAGACAUUGGUGUUAUGAUUGCCAUCCAAGUGUUGUUUUUCUUAAGGCAACACUCUCAUCACCACAGACCCUUACAGCCAACAGGCCUUUGUCAGUUGAGGAAGGCAGAGUGAGGGCAAAGCCCCCAGAAGGGCACAGUUAGCUGUGGACCAACCACUCAUGGAUUUGGUCAAAAUGGAAGUUAUUGUAGAGUUGCUUCUCUUUUUAUCUAGCUUCCCCUUGGCUCCUCUCUUCUUCAUAUUUGCCGGGUGAAUUUCCUUUACUCUUUUGACUCUUUACUGUUUAUAUUUUUAUAUUUCCUGGCACAUCUUAUAUUGUGUGUUAAUUUUGUUCAGUUUCAUUCUUUUUUAGUCCUACCGUCCUGUGUAUGUAUACACCACAGAACGGAGGUAAGAAUCUUCUCUGUUGCUGCCUGGUACUGGUUUACUAGACUGAUACUGGCACUGGUUAAAGAACUCGAUUCUCAACAAUGUAGUGAAGGAUUGUACCUGUCAAUAGAGAAUCGAAGAAGGUUGAAUCGGUUCAUCUGGACACGUUUAUUGAGAGAAAAGUUCCAUCACUCAACUAAGUGACUUCUUCAGUCUAAACUGACUGCAGGUGUCCCCACCCUUAUAAACGAUACAGUGGCAUAACAACCGAAACCAACUAUCAGUUUCAUAUGCAAAGUACUAUGACCAUUAACUAGAGUUUCAAUGGCCAUGUGUACUAUUCACAGAGGAUUAGGGAUUGUUGCAAUCACAGAUGGUGGUAAGAUGGUGACUGAUCUACUCUUAGCCGCCUCCCCCAGUUCAGGGAUGGUCGUUUCCUCUUUACAUAGACGGCCUCUUUGACUCCCUGUUCAAACCAAUGUUCCUCCCUAUCAAGGAUGUGCACUGUCAAUAGAGAAGCUAACAGCUGCUCUAAUUGUUCAUUUAUCCUGUUUUCUUUGGGAUGUUUCUUGUACAUCCUGUGGAUUGUUUGGUGUUUAGUUUUCAUACAGUUUUGCUGUUGAAAGCCACUCGCUGAACCUGAAGACCCAGCCUGGCUUUCAGCUCUGUGCUCCCCGAGGUCCCACAGUCCUUCAGUGCAGUUUGCUGUUGUUGUGCCUCCUCGUGAUAGUUGCGCAGCGAUUCUGCAACCCUUCAAAGAUCAAAUAAUUUUAGUGAUUGUAGGUGAAAGCAACAGCUUUUUCACAUCCCAGACUCAUCCCCUUUCACUUCAGUUACCAGCGUCCCCUGCAGUCAAUUUGUAGCAUUUAUUCAGCAACCCUCCUACUCAGCAUUGGGUUAAGUCAGACAAAGCAAUUUAAAAAAGCAGUCAUGUGACCAUGUGUUCCACAUCUUAUUGGUGGAGACUGAGGUUGUUAUUACUUAUACAGAGGCCAACUCCUUCUUGCUCCAGAUCUGGUUUAUUCUCUCUGGAACACAUGUAUUCUGGUUCCAGAACCGCUAUUUUCAGAAUUACAUUUGUCAAAACCAUUGGACAGUCAACAUGUCAGUUUACUGACUUUUACCCACUGAAGUUGUCAGAAGACAUUAAAAAAAAGGUCAGAAAGGUUUUGGAUGACCUGUUGGAAUGGUUAUAGAAGGGUUCUGCUGGGGCCUCAAUGUUAAGACAUGAAAGCUCCAAGUUCGUCUUGAGACAUGGUCUCGUCAGUUUGCCUAACAAUGUCCACUCUCCAGCUGUCUUGUUAUGAGGAGACCCAGGACAUUUUAGUGAUGGAACAGUUUUCAGAAUAGCACGUUUCCAAGGAAGACAGGGUAUCGCCAACUAUAUUAGGAAUAUUCCCAUAACAUUCUGACUUUCUCUGAGGAUAUUAUUUCUUCAUCUUGUUCUAUUCAUUUGGUUCCCUGAAGCAGGCUGAUACUUCUGUUGACCAGCCUGCCUGGUUGUAUUACAUACCGUUUUUUUCUUUUUACCCUGUUAGAAGCCUACCAACGGAAGACAAAGACAGAUGUUCACCUUUGGUGUUAGUUGGGUUUGAUGCAGCAAGUUUCUGUGCACAGUUUCAGUUUCUGCCUCCAUUAAGCCUGGCAGGACAGCCCGCCUUGCUCAGUAGCACUAACUCAACCUCCCACCCAGUUACAAGAUAAUUUCAGUUUAAGUAAAAUGUAAGUGAUCAGUCGUUUAUAUCCAUUUUCAUUUGACAGUCUUCUUUCUAAACCCAUAUAAUGUUGCAGAAAUGUCAUGGUUAAAUUCAACCGCAAAAGCAAAUGUUGAACAAAUUUAGUUUUUUUUGUAACAUUGAAACAUUUCAAUUCUGUUUUUUUUCCCCUCCAUAAUGGACUCCGCACCCUUGAAAGACCUUGUUGGCCCUGGUGUGGAAAGCAGGCUGUGGACUCCUGUUCCGAUAGAAAAGUCUGGGAGGAGGUUUGAAGGCAUUCCUUUGUGACCACCAGCGACCUGCUGACUGCAGGCUAAUGUUUUCAUGUCUGGUAAAUUUGUUCAGUCUUGGCUGUUUAAGUGGGUAACCGGCCAUCAUUUGGAGGCUCUGUUUGAUUCUGAACUGGCUUUAAAAUGGUGUCAAUGGAUAUUGCAGUGGGGGUUUCAUUUUGCACUGUGACCUUUUGAUGAAAAGUCCGUUGUCCUGCCCUGUGAAAUCCCUGUCUGAUGCCACGGCACCAUCAGACAUCAUCCUCAUUUCCUCUGGUCACAGGAGUCCCGCUGCUUCUCCCAGUGUGUCUUUUAUAAUCAGAACAGACAUGAGGGAGUGUUUUCUUAGGGCUAUUGCCUACAAUUCAACUGGAUUUGGACUGGUGAAUCUUUUAUGUUCAGACUGCAGUAAGAGUUCUUGGAGAAUACCGGAUAUGAACAGGUCUCUGGAGAUCACCUGUCAAUAGACCUUAAUGCCAACCUCCAUGCUGUGGACAUCAGUUGUCGGUUAUCACUUGUCCUUCCUGGAGUCAAAAUGGCAUUCAUAUUUUACAGAACACUGUCGUGCUGUAUUGUGUGUAUGUGUGUGCGUGUGUGUGUGUGCGUGUGUUUGUGAGUGUGUGUCCGUGUCGGUCAGUUUUUGCAUGCCUAGAUAGCUCUGUGUAAAUCGAUGUGAGUUGCAUGUCAGCGUAGUUUCUUUGCCAGGUUCAGUUGUUGGGCUGAGUCUGUCUGUUGUGGCUUUGGGAGUGUUUGAUAUUUGAUUUCUUUAUUUUUAUUUUUUUGUACCGUGUCCCAGACAACAAAAGAAAACCCACCCUGAAACAGAACUGACGAACGUUAUCCCCUCAGAUCUUCAGACUCUCCUAUGUUACUGUUGCCUGUCUUAAAUCAGUAUUUGGGAACAAGAGGAACUCUGCUUCAUGGGCUUAACAGAAAGGUGAUGACAGUUGUGAAUUCUGGUUUAGGGUGGAUUGCCCCUUUAAAGAGUGCCAACUUCAGAUGCCAGUGUUGUACAGCAGUGAAAAGCUCAUACUAUUUACUAAAAUAAACCAUUUCUCUGUUU